UCAUAACCAAACGAUGUUAUCGUGUUUCAUCGGUACUGUACAAAAAUAUACCCAGUGUCCGAUUUUAUAGUGGAGCAUUGCAAUACAACCGGUGAUUGUGAUCGAUCCACCGCAUAAAUAUUCGUCUACAGGCCUACUAAAUACCACGGAACUACUCAUGAUCUGAGCUGAGACGGAAGCUGAGCUUCAUCAUGGCUACACGUAGCACUUUUGAUGAAAAAUCUAGUUUAACCACUUUACUUCAGCGACUGCAAGGAUUGGCUGCUCGCAUGAAGAUUGUUCAGUUUCCCCUCCAUGAUAAAGAUAUCAGUAUUGUGGGAUAUAUAGCAAAAGAUAUUCAGCAACUGAAUGAAGAGUGUAUCAGGGUGCACUUGAAACUUGAGACAGAGACCAUCAAUUCCAGCAUACUAAGACAUCAGCUUCAGUUUUUUCCUGAUAGUAUACACAGUGAAAUCGCCUCUGCUAUUGAGUCAGCAAGACAGUCCAAUGCUGAUGAACUUAACAUGUUGCAGAAAAAGUUGCAAACCCUCAAUCAAGAUAUUGGCCUCCUUGAUGAAAAGCAAAGAAAGCUUACCAAGCAGAAUGCUAUUUUGCAUCCAGAGCGUGAUAUGGUGAGAACUCAGCACGAGGAAGUAAUUUCUCAGCUCAACCAACGUAUGGCAGAUAAAGCCAGUAAACAGAUAACACUUAAUGAAACCAGGGAUGAACUGAGAGACACCAACCAAAAAAUCGUGGACCUGGAAACUGGCAUCAUGAUUUUAAAGGAAGACAUGAUCCAAGAAAGAGCAGAUGCCCGUAGAGAAAAGAAACAUCUCAAGCAAUGUGUGCAUGACACAACUAAGAAAACCAAAAGACAAAAAGAGGCAAAUAUGGCAAAGAGGAAAGAGCUGGAUGUACUGAAAGAAGAAGUGGUCAUCAGUGAAAAUGAACUGUCUGAUAUCAGAAAGAUUAUUCGUAGACAUGAGGCCAACAAAGUACGCUAUGAAAAUCAGCAGUAUUCCUUCCAAGCACAACUUGAUAGAGAACUCAAAGAAAAUGCUGAUCUGAAAGAAAGGGGGUCUGAACUUGGAAAACAUUUGUUACAGAUGGAAAAGCAGCAUCUUCUUAGAAAAUCCUAUUUGGAACAAAAUCUGACAGAGCUGGAAAUUCAAAUGGAGCAAACUAAUCAUGAAUUUGUCCAAUUGGAAGGAACGUGGCAUCAUCUCAAAGAAGAAAUUGAAGAGGCAUCACAAAAUCAAGAAAUCAGUGGAUGUAAAGUGCAAGAUCUCAACACAGUUUUGCAAACAAAGAAGGAAGAUCUUACACUGAAGGCUAAUGAGACGGCACGUAUGAAACAUGAAAAUGAUGAAAUGGAGUUACGUAUGAAACAGCUUGAAGAAAACCAUCAGGUUACUGUUCAACUUCUGGGCAAGCAGAUCAGUGAUUUCCGAGAUAUACUGACAAGGGAACAGAAAGAACGUUUCGACCUUCAAGAGAAACGUGAUAAGCUAACUAGAGAAAUGGAUGACUUUAAGCUUGCAUUUGGCAAGUUUAUGUCCGAGAUGAAUAUGCGAAUCAACAAGGCAAAGCAGGAGCAAGGAGAUCUUUCAAGUGAAGGUAUCAAGCUGCAAAAGGAUCUCCACACAGAUCAUGCUAUGACUAUUCAGUUACACAAGGAUAUGGAACAGUUGCAGAAGGAGUUUGACAAUGUGAGGAACAAUCUCGACGAUGCUAUCAGAAAUUUGCAGACAAAACACAAAGAUUUAGAGAGGGUUCUUCUUGAUAAACAAAAACAAAUCAAGGAUAUCUCCCCGUCAUAUGACGAACUUGAAAUGCUGUUUGAAGAGAAGACUAAGGAUUACGAAGAUAAGAAAAAAAGUGUUGUUUAUUUAAAGAAUCAGAAGAACAGUCUUGAGGAUGCUACUGCCAGAGGCAAGAGAGAAAUUGUAAAACUCAGCAAUCCUUCGCCUAUCGGGAUGAAGUCAACAACCUUGAUGCCUCAGGUCGUUUUGAGACAGGAGCUAAAACAUCGACGAACAAGAGCCCUGUCAAAAAUGAAGGAGCAGGCAAAUGAACACGAGCAGAUUGAAGAAAAAAAUUUUCAAACUGGUAAAAAGUUGACAACUGUCUUGCAGGAAAAUGGCAAAUUAACAAAGGGAAUCAAAAGACUAGAGGCGGAGUGCAUCUCACUUGUGCAGCAAAACAACAUAAACUCUACCUUACAGGGCAGUCUGAAUGAUGAAUUAAUUCUUCAAAGAGACAAGCUGGUCAUGGGUUGGAGAAAGGAGAGAUCCAUGCAGAAAGAGUCAUCUGGCAGAGAUCACAUCCUCCUUGACGAUAUUACUGAUCUGAAGAAACGCACUGACAAGCGAGAACAAAAAAUAGCAGACAUCACUGAAAAGCUGCACAAUGAAUUAGUUGUUCUUGGUCAAUUCCUGACUGAUGUUGCUCAAAGGAGACCUCAGAAUACAAGCCAUGGAAGCAAGUCCUUUACAGACCCCAGACCACCUACAGUUUUGAAGAACUACCUGGAAUCCUGCAGAACACUAUCACUGCAUUCUCCCCAUUCAACAUUUCAGGAAAAUGCUGGGGAUUGAAAUUUCUGAAUGAGUUAUACAUGUAAUUUAAAGCCAGCCACACAUGAGAGUUACAUGUACGCGCUUAGCUAAAACGAUUAACUAGCCAAUGAAAGCACAUUAUUCUUGUUUGUCGGUCCGGUGAUUAAAAAAAGGACAAACACAGAAGGCUUUGGAUGAUUUGCACAAAAAUAUACACAUUUACAGAGUUUGUGAUUUCAUUGGCUUGUUAAUUUUUUUAGCUCAGCGCGUAGCUCAGGUUGACCGCACAUGGUGAGUAUUUUGUGAGCUGCGUGCUAAGCAAAUUGCCUCGAAUGACUUAUUGCUCAGCAUGUAGCUCUCGUGUGCGGCUGGCUUAAGGUGAUAAUUGUCAGUGUAGCAUCAUUACAACUACUGUUAUUUAAUGAUUACAGAUUGCAUUCAGGUAAUAAAGAUCAAGAGAGUCAAGUCGAUCACAAGUCAAGUCACUAAUCUCUAGUCAAGCAACAGCCCCUUAAAUUCACUACAACGAUGACAUUCCUUUGUCAUUGUUCAUCUUCUUUUACCUGACUUUUAUUGAUUCCUGGCUCUGCUUUCUAAAAAAAGGUUAGAAUUAUGGAUUUUGACUAUGGCAAGAAUAAAACUUUUGCUAAGCAUGUGCCAUAUGAAGUGCACAGAUUCAAUUCAACAACAAAAGGGAAUGGCCAAAAACAAGCAAAGGCAAAGAAGUUAACAGCAAUUGGAAUUGGACAGUUGUGUGUUAUAUUUUAUAUUUUGAUCUCAAAAGCAAUAUACAUGUAUGAUCCAGUUGAAUAAAAGCCAAAAGAUUAUAUUUAAUUCUUUGGUAACUGAGGUGCUUGAAACCACCCUACAGUGAGUAAUAAGUCACUAUGUAGUGCCUGAAACCGCCCAGCACUCAAUGGUUUUAUUAAUUGUUCAGUGAAUAAACACAUUACAAUGUAAAUAAAUAUAAGGUUUUGCCCUACACAGACUUAUAAACACUGUUUACACAGUGUGUUACCUUCUGAGUGAAAGUUGGAAAAAAAAUCACUCGGUCGGGACUCAAACGCACGACUUCCUGCCUUCUAGUGCAGACGCCCCACCACUCAACCACCGAGCUAACGGGAUUGGUUGGCUGGUUCGAACCCGAUGUACAAAGCAGCGGGUACCACAUUUAAAUAUUCACAAAGAAUAGUUACACAUUACAAUGUAGUACAAGUGGUAAUGGGUUAAAUGAUUAAACACAUAUGACCAAAAAAAAGUUUGAGUGAACAUUCAAUUAAAAUAUAAGAUAUUUCAUUA